AUGGCGUCCGUCCCCUUCACGGAGGAGGACCUCCAUGAGCUCUACACGUGGGUGGACGAGAUUCCUAUCUCGCGGCAGAAGCGCAACAUCGCCCGCGAUUUUGCAGAUGGCUGCUCCGUGGCAGAGAUACUUAAGUUCUUCUUCCCAAAGUUAGUCGAUCUCCACAACUACGUCCCGGCGAUGUCGCAUGCAAAGAAGCUGGACAACUGGAACACGCUGAAUGCUAAGGUUCUGCGCAAGCUGUACUUCGAGGUUCCUCCAGAGGAGGUGGAAGACAUCGUAGCAGCCGUGCCCGGCGCCAUCGAGCGCUUCCUGCGUGCGCUGCGCGUGAAAGUUGCGCAGAUCAAGGCGAGACGGGAUGAGAUGCUGAUGAUGGGGGAGAUUCAGGCGCACGAGAAUGCGCAUUAUGUGGACCCGUCGCCGUCGCAGCCACAGCCUCGAGAAGGCGGCCACGCGAGGGAUGGCGGAGCCUCUGCCCUCACCGCUCACUGUGGAAGCGGGCGGCCCUCAUCGCCCGCUGCGCCGGCUGGCCGGGUCGCAUCAUCUCGGGGUUCCUCCUCAGGAGGGCCGCAGGCACCUCCGCUGCAAACACAGGCACAGCGGCAGCCGACGCCGCCGUCGGUGAGUGAGGUGGCGAGCCUGACGCAGGUUCUGCGCGAGAAGGACUACACGAUACAAGAGCUGCGCGAGACGGUUGCCAUUCUCUCAGAGAAGAUUGUGAAGCUGGAGGAGCUGGUGCGUGUGAAGGAUGAGAAGCUCAAUCAGUACCGCCAAAAGUUUGGCCGCGUUCCGGCAUAG